UUUAAUUCCUUCUUAUCUUUUUUAAUAAUAAAUAUAUAUAUAUAUAUCAUGUCUGUGUUAUCGAACAACUCUAUUUUAAAUAAAUAUCUUAGUCUGGAACAACGCGGCAAGGUGCAAGUUGAAUAUGUAUGGAUUGAUGGUUCUAACAAUGUACGUUCCAAGACUCGUACUAUUGACUUUGUACCCACAUCAGCUUCUGAAUUAUCUGAAUGGAAUUUUGAUGGAUCUUCUACUGGACAAGCUGAAGGUCAUGACUCUGAUGUAUUGAUUCAACCUGUUGCUCUUUAUGCUGAUCCUUUCCGUGGUGGUGAUAACAAGUUGGCUCUUUGCGCUACUUACAAUCCUGAUGGUACACCUCACAAGACUAAUUAUCGACAUGCUUGUGAAAAGAUCAUGACUACUCAUGCUGAUAGUAAACCUUGGUUCGGUAUUGAACAAGAAUAUAUGCUUUUCGACCUUGAAACUAAUAAACCUUAUGGCUGGCCCAAACACGGUUUCCCUGAACCUCAAGGCAAAUACUAUUGUGGUGUUGGUGCUGGUAAAAUCUUUGGUCGUGAUAUUGUUGAAGCUCAUUAUCGUGCUUGUUUGUAUGCUGGUAUCAAUAUCUCUGGUGUGAAUGCUGAAGUAGCUCCUGGUCAAUAUGAAUAUCAAGUGGGUCCUUGUGAAGGUAUUGCUAUGGGUGAUGAAUUAUGGAUCUCUCGUUAUAUCUUGGAACGUGUGGCUGAAGACUUUGGUAUCGUCGUCUCUAUUCAUCCUAAGCCUGUCAAGGGUGAUUGGAAUGGUGCUGGUUGUCAUACUAACGUUAGUACAUUACCUAUGAGACAAGAAGGUGGUCUUGCUGAAAUUGAAAAGGCUAUCAACAAGAUGUCUAAACGUCACUUUGAACAUAUUGCUGUCUAUGGUGAAGAUAAUGAUCAACGUUUGACUGGUCUUCAUGAAACUGGUAACAUCAAUGAUUUCAGUUACGGUGUUGCUAACCGUGGUGCUUCUAUUCGUAUUCCUCGUCAUGUUGGUAAAGAAGGUAAAGGUUACUUUGAAGAUCGUCGUCCUGCUUCCAAUAUGGAUCCUUAUCGUGUUACUGGUAUCAUUGUUGAAUCUAUCUUUUUGCCUGAUAACUAAAAAAAAAAAAACUGGUGAUUAUAAUAUUUGAUGGUUGUAUAGUAUCUUGAAAGUUAGGAUGAUGUAUCUUUUUUUUUAUUUAUUUUUAUCUUUUUAUUAUUAUUAUUAUUAUAUCUUGUACAGCAUUUUUAUUAGACCUAUUAUUUUUGAAUAAAAAACAUUCUUUUCUUUUUA